GGAUGACAGUGGCGUCACGAAGAAAAGGACGCUGCCGUUAUCCUCACUGUCCGUUUCCUUCCGUUCUCAUGAAGUACACAGUCAAAUAUUGUUGUUUUAAUGUGUUUGAUUAAAUAAUUGGGAUUUCAUAUUUGAUUACUGAAAAAGCAAAAACACACUAAGAUGGGUGAGGUGGAGUUGUCCUGUCUGGCUUACGCCAAAAUGUACCUACAUGCAAGUCAGUUUCCUCGCUGCAGUGUGAAUGGCCUGCUGUUGUCCUCCAGUCCAGCAGGGGGAGCUGUAUGUAUCACAGACUGUGUGCCGCUGCUCCACACUCACUUGUCUCUGGCUCCAAUCACACAGCUCGCUCUUACACAGGUCGACGCUUGGUGUUCGCAAACACAUCAAAGGAUUAUGGGAUAUUAUCAAGCCAAUGCUUGUGUCUCAGACAGCAGCCCUACACCAUGUGCUUUGAAGAUUGCAGAGAAGAUCUUCGAGCAGUGUAACAAUGCCGUGUUGCUUAUGAUUGAUGGAGAAAAGAUGUUUCCAGGCUGCCGUGUUCCUCCGAUCGUGAUGUAUGAGCGUAAAGACGCCCGCUGGGCUCUCAAAGACAAACACACAAUAAUGCUUCGGCAGUGGGAAGAAACCUGUUCCAUAGUUAAUCAGCUGUUCAGCUCUGGUGAUCAGGCACUAUUGGUGGACUUUGACAGCCAUUUGGAUGACAUCACAAAAGAUUGGACCAAUCAGAAACUCAAUGCCAAAAUCAUGGAGCUGGUCUCCCCAGCCAAUGGAAAUGUUUAACCAUAUAGAACAAGUUUGCUCACGUCAUAGUCCCCCCCCCCCCCAUGUUCUCAAAAUUUUGUUUUUAAGAUUAUUUGACUCAGUGUAUCGUAUUUCAUUUUAUUUAUGUGAUAUACAUGAUGUCCUCAAUAUAUGCAAAAAGAACCAUCUUCUUUAGUUUGGUAUGAUUUUUUGACCCUCUUUGACCCUAAAAAUAAACACAAACUUACAUUGAGGGGGACUCGUAGUACAAGCAGCAUAUUUUUUCUUUGAUCACUUUGAUGGUCUGUCAUUAAUUGGUUAGUUUAAGAUCUAUAUAUCCAUCUAUCUAAACAUUAAAGGUGGGGUAAGUGAUUUCUGGUAGCCAAUGUUGAUAUUUCAAAUCACCAAAACAAACA